AUGGAGGAGAAAGAUACUGAUAGCGUGCCCUACGAAGCUGACAGCAUAGACUUAGGCAAGGGCACUGCGGAUGUUGUAGACUCGUUUCUAAAAUCGCCAAGGAUUACCGUCGCUAAAACGUGCAUUCCCCAAGGGAUAGCACCAACGACAACGUUUCAGGUGUUUAUAAAGACUUUAGGAAAUGCUUUCCUUAGCCUGAGAAACUUAGUGUGCGGCAAUUCGGUUUCCGCAAAGGCAAGUCCACGCUUUAUCACUGUUCCCACAGAUCACACGUCACGUCUCUUAUCAUUUCCACAAGUCAUCGAGGAAGGUCUGGGAAAAUUAAUGCGUUUAAAAAUGAAAAUUGCUCCACCUAUAUCGCAAUUUGGUAGCAUGUUGGGCUUAACUGAUUUUAAUCCAGAUUCUUUAUCAAAUAAAUUGGAUGAAAUGCUGAAAGUUAUUAAACAAGUUAAUGAACAGUUUAGAAAUCCAUCUUAA